AUGUCGACGUCCGGGGGAAACACCCACAGGGCAGCCCCGCAAGCAGAAGACCACGCGCCGUAUAGCGUAUAUUCUCUUCGCGAGAAAUGGUUCCUUGUAGCCAUCAUCUCGUUUGCUGGCUUGUUUAGUCCUUUGACAGCGAACAUUUACCUGCCUGCAAUACCAGUCAUCGUCAAUGCCUUCCACAAAUCGACUGAACUGAUCAAUUUAACAGUGACCAUGUACUUGGUCCUCCAGGGUGUUGCUCCCAUGUUUUGGGGACCGAUUGCGGAUAGCUACGGGAGGCGUCCAGUAUUCCUAGCAUGUCUCACGGUGCUCUGUGGAUCGUGCAUCGGCCUGGCUUUGGUGCCUACCUCUGCGUACUGGCUUCUGAUGUUGCUGCGCUGCCUUCAAGCUGCAGGCUCCGCCAGUACCACGACUACAGGCGCAGGGGUUAUAGGUGAUAUAGCCAUACCAGCCGAACGAGGCGGCUUCUUCGGGAUAUACAGCUUGGGGCCUCUGGUUGGCCCCUCUAUAGGUCCAGUUAUCGGCGGUGCUCUAGCAGACGGCCUUGGAUGGCGGGCCAUAUUUUGGUUCCUCUGUAUCGCCUCUGCUGGCUGUUUUGUAUUUCUGCUGCUAUUCCUUCCAGAGACUCUCAGAGCUAUGGUGGGAAACGGUAGCAUACGGCCUCCCAAAAUAUACCAGCCACUCGUGCCUAUCCUCGCGGCCCAAAGAGCGGGACAACCCACUAGCGACGAAGACCCAAAGAUAAUCUUCAAAUUCAAGAAUCCCCUACGUAUACUUACCUAUCCCGACGUACUGACCCUCCUGCUAUUUAACGGAAUUCUCUAUGCUGUGUUCACCGUUGUGACCGCGUCGCUUUCUUCGCUCUUCACGGACAUCUAUCCAUUUCUUGACCAGACUCGUAUUGGUCUGUGCUUUCUUUCCAUCGGAGGCGGUUGUGCCGUUGGCGCCAUUGCAACGGGGCGAAUCCUCGAUAGGGAGUAUCAAGCCAUCAAAAGGGAACUCAUCAAGAAGGCGAUGAUCCAGCAAUCCGAGGACGAAAAACAACCACAGCCAGGCAUUGCAACAGAUCACGAAGCGGCGGCGGAGAGUAAGAAGAAGAAUAUAAUCAUGGAGGUCACCAAGGAUGAGAACUUCCCCAUCGAACGUGCUCGACUUCGCACCGUUCCAUAUUUACUCAUUUUGUACGCUGGUUGUGUCACCGGCUAUGGCUGGUGUUUACAGCGGAGAGUUUCACUCGCCGGACCGUUGAUACUGCAAUUCCUAAUUGGCCUCAUCGGUAUCAUGAUAAUGAACACGACGCAAACUCUGUUUAUUGACCUCCUCCCUGGCCAGAGCUCAUCUAUAACCGCUUGCGUACGUCCUUCAUACCCUCCGACGCCGUACCUCCCUGACCAGCUGCCUAUUCCAGAAUAA